AUGGACUCUGGCGAAAUUGCGAAAAAACGGAAGUUAGAGGCGUCAGAUAGACGUUCAGCGACAGGCUCGAAGCUGUUCGCUCCAUUCAGAGUGAUAGGUAACGUGAGUAACGGAGUUCCGUUUGCCAUUGGGACGCUUGGAUCCACUUUUUACAUCGUUACGAGUGUUGGAAGAGCGUUCCAGAUCUAUGAUGCGAGCAAUUUGCAUCUAUUGUUUGUUUCUGAGAAGCAGACGAGCUCUGCCAUCACAGCUUUGACGACACAUUUUCAUUACGUUUACGCCGGUUUUGGCAACCAAGUGGGGAUCUACAAGCGUGGCAUCCAGGAGCACCUUGUGACGCUGGAUGGCCCUGCUCUCGUCAGAGAUAUCUGUGUUUUUGGAAGCUUCCUCUGCGUCUCGACGGAUGACAGUGUCAUUCACGUUUACAAGAAACGGUCGAAUAUGAACAAAUAUGCCACGGAGUUUUACACGAAAUUGAGCAUUGGGGCUUUACAAGGCGGAUCUGUUGUAUCGCUUGUCCAUCUCGCAACUUAUCUGAACAAGAUUGUGGUUGUAACCAAGACCAACCUCCUGCUGUUCAACGUACGAACUGGGAAGCUGAUCUACACAUCUGACGAGUUGCCUGAUCAAAUAACCGCUGCCGAACCUGCACCCGCUUUGGAUAUACUGGCGCUAGGGACUGCUUCCGGUAGCGUCUUACUGUUCAACGUCAGGAAGGGAAGGAAGAUACGCACUAUCAAGAGUCCGAAUGCAAGGGUAACAUCGCUUGCCUUCAGAACUGAUGGAUCUGCCCACCUUGCAGUGGGUUUCGGAAGCGGAGACUUGGUGUUCUAUGACUUGGAGCGUCGCGCAAGAAUACAUGUGCUGAAGAACAUACACGGUGAAUCGUUUGGGGGCGUAACGAAAGCUUGCUUCCUGAAUGGUCAGCCCGUCAUUGUCACUUCCGGUGGUGACAACCGGUUGAAGGAGUACGUUUUUGAUCCACCAUUGGCUCAGCAAGACGCAGCAGCAGCAGUUCAGCCCGCAAGGCUUUUACGCUCUAGAGGUGGUCAUUCGCAACCUCCAUCCGUCAUCACUUACGCUGACUCUAAAUCGCAUUUUCUUCUAUCAGCGUCUAGAGAUAGGUCUCUAUGGGCCUUCUCCCUUAGAAAGGAUGCCCAAUCACAGGAACUAUCGCAGAAGCAACAUAAGAGACAAGAUGGAGGAAGAGUAGGAGGUAGCACCAUCAAAGAGAAAUUUCCAGAGAUUAUUGCGAUGGCAGUAGAGAACUCUAGACUUGGAGAAUGGGAGAAUGUCAUUACUGCCCAUAAGAAUGAGAAAGAAGCACGUACUUGGGAUAUGCGUAACAAAAGAGUAGGAAGAUGGACUUUUGGAACAACAGAUGAUGGAAUCGUUAAGUCUGUGGCUAUUUCUCAGUGUGGCAAUUUUGGUUUCGUGGGCUCCUCUAAUGGAAGUAUUACAAUUUAUAACAUGCAAAGUGGUAUACUGAGGAAGAAAUACAAAUUGCAUAAAAAAGCUGUGACAGGAAUCGCUCUGGAUGGCAUGAACAGAAAGAUGGUUUCGUGUGGUCUUGACGGAGUGGUAGGUUUCUACGAUUUUAACCAGUCAACGCUGCUGGGUAAACUGCAGCUGGAGGCGCCAAUCACUUCAAUGAUAUAUCACCGAUCAUCUGACUUGUUUGCUCUAGCGCUAGAUGAUCUCUCAAUAGUUGUAGUUGACGCUGUUACUCAAAGAGUAGUCCGUCAACUUUGGGGACACACAAACAGGAUCACUGCAUUUGAUUUUUCACCUGAUGGUAGAUGGAUCGUAUCUUGUUCGUUGGAUUCUACCAUAAGAACUUGGGAUCUUCCUUCCGGCGGUUGUAUCGAUGGUGCGAAGCUAGAGAGCGUUGCAACUAAUGUCAAGUUUUCACCCAAUGGUGACCUCCUGGCGACGACUCAUGUUGAUGGAUGCGGCAUAUGCAUUUGGACUAAUCGAGCUCAAUUCAAGGUUGUUGCAACUAAGAUUAUUGACGAAGAGCAUUUUGCAAAAAUGCUACUCCCUAACGCUUCCACAACAGGUGGCGUUACGCUCCUUGAAGGUGCUUUCGAAGACGACAGUGCGGAAGUCGAUCUGCAGUACAAUUCUCACCAGUCGGUCGAGCAAAUCAAUAGUGACCUGAUCACGCUUUCUCUUGGGCCCAAGAGCAAGCUAAACACUCUGUUGAACAUGGAUGUCAUCAGACAGCGAUCAAAACCAGUUGAGCCGCCAAAGAAGCCGGAGGCGGCACCAUUUUUCUUACAACUGUCUGGUGAGAAAGUCGGUGAUGAAGCUUCUGGAAGGGAAGAUGUUGUAAGGGACAAUGACACCACGCAAAAGCUCAUGGAACGAGAGGCGAAACUUAAAUCCGUGGAGGAGCAGUUAAGUCAAUUCAAACCCAACGGCCGCUUAGGUUUCGAAUCAACUUUCACAAAGCUUUUGAGACAUGGUGCGGAAACUAGAGAUUAUACAGAAUUUUUGAAGAACUUGGUCAGUCUAUCGCCUGCGGCAGUCGAUUUGGAGAUUAGGUCAUUAGAUUCAUUUGAGCCUUACAAUGAGUUGGUGUGGUUUAUCGAGGCCCUUACACAAGGUCUUGAAUCCAAUCAGAAUUUUGAACUCUACGAGGCCUUCAUGACUCUCUUAUUUAAGGGACAUGGUGAUGUCUUGCAUGCAAAUAAUAAGGAUGAGGCUAUUGGCGCCGCUUUGUCUAAAUGGGAAAAGCAUCAUGUUGCUGGUGACAAACUUGACGAGUUGAUAAAGUACAGUGCGAGCGUAAUCAACUUUCUAUCUGGUGUAUAA